AUGGGAGCACACGGAUCCAAAGAGAAGCUUUACAGAGCUAAUUCUGAAAAAUAUCCAUCAAAACUUCCUGUUCCGAAUGAUAAGAAAUACAAGUUAGCCGUGAAUAGGGAGAGAUUUGGAUCUUUUGCUAGAGGAAAUGGCAAGAAGCGAGACAGCGGCCCGACGCCUACAACCCCCAGCCGCCCUCCUGCUACACCGCCCCAGCCCCCGUCAGUACAGGCCAAGAAAAAUGGUGUGGUGCAGAAACUAUCGUCAUCACCGAUGGCGGUGCGAGCGCGGACUUCUCUCGCUCCUCCCCCAUCACCUAGGAAGCCCCCACCGCACCGUGCACCAGCGCAGAGGCCUAACACAUUGACCACCACCAAAGAGCCGCCGCGAGUUACGGCGGCGGUGGGGCCACGAGGCAAGCGGGUGCAAACGCCGCAGCCGCCUGCCCGUACACCGGCUGCACCGCUACCUGCUCCGCUCACCGCUCCGCUUCCCGUAUCUCCGCCUACUCCGCCAGCUAUUCUGCCCCGCGAACACGCCACAGCGUUAGCGCACGCUGCUAAAGGCGUUGAAGCAUUGGGAGUUUUAGUGCAGUAUUUAGUUUUUAGACUGGACGCACUAAACGGCGGUUCCUGGCGUUUAGAGGCGGAAAGAUGGCGCAGCGUCGCCGCCGCAGAGCGCAGCAGCGCUGCGCGCGCGGACCGAGACAGACAGCAGCGCGCGCAAAAGGAUCUUGAUACCAUCGCAGAAUGCCUGAGCAAGAUCUCAGAGCUAGAGAUGGAAGUAUCUUCCAAAGAAGAAGCAAAUUCGCGUCUUCAAGCUACCCAUAUGGAGGAGGUGGCUGCCUUGAAAAAGGACAUUAAGGGACUUAAAGAUACAAUCGAUUCCCUAAAACACGAAGUCGCUGAAAGCAGGGCGCGACUUCACGCACAAAGCGAGAUCGAGCGCGCUCUGCGCGCGCAACUAGAAGCGACGCGAGCUGAGUUAGAGCGUGGCGAAGCGCGCGCACAGGUGGAGCGAGGCGAGGCGAGCGCUCGCUUCGAGCGGUUGUGCGACAUGUGCGAUGCGGCUUGCGAUCCAGUGUGCUGCGAUGCGGAGGAGUGCGAGCUUCGAUUGGACGCAAAUGAGGAAUUGAGCACGGACGCUAAUGAACUAGCGGCCGAGGUGCGAUCGCUGCGAGCCGUGAUCGAGCUGAAGCAAGCGGAGAUGGCGUCGCUGCGUGACGCGCGCUCGGAGCUGUGUGCGGAGCGCGAGCGGCGCGCGGCCGCCGAGCGCGAGGCGCGGUCCGCGCGGCACGCGGCCGAGGAGCUGCGCGAGCGCGCCGCGGCCCGCCAGCGUGACGUUGACCGCCUGCGCGACGACAACCGCCGACUGCGUGACGCGGCCGCGCGCGACCGCGACCACGCUACCAGGCUCGCCGCGCUCAACGAGGAGCUCAGAUACAAGCUGCGCCAGAAGUCACAGGUGGUAUCUUUGCUAGCGGGCGGCGGGUACAUCGAGCGGACGCCGAUGCGUACGCGCAGCUCGUCGGGCGAGUCGGUGCGCUCGACGUCGCCGGCGCCGGACUCGCCGCCGUCGCCCGCCGCCUCGCCCGCGCCCGACACGCCGCCGCUGCCCGCCGUCAAGGGCGUCGUCGAGAAACACGACUCUGUCAGUUGGGUGCUCGAGAUCGAGGAGACACCCGAGGAAAUGGCUUCGAGAUUGGCGAGGCGAUCAUCGUUCCGCGCGUCAGCUUCGCCGAGUGGCGUGAAACGGCGCGGAGGUGGCUCGCCGGGCAGCUCGCCCGCGCCCGCCUCACCAGCGCCGAACGCCUCCAAGCUCUUCCGAACCGGCGAACUCGACUUCCCACCUCCACCUCUAAAGGAAUCCGCCGGUGAGGCCAUCUACAUAUACGACGACCGCCAAUAUUGA